AUGGAGAACUGCAGGAACCUCUGGAACUACCUGGACCAGCUAGUCUGGGAAGGAAAGCUGAAGCACCUUCUGCAUCAUUCCAGUGGUCAUCAAGGCCAGGCCCAUCAGGAAGCCAGGAGGGAUACUGCCCUAAGGCCACCCGCAGGGACGAUCAACGUAAUUGUGGCUGUACCAGGAAGAACAGCCACGCGCCCUUCACGAGUAUUAUCGGUGGCACAACUACCUGCCGAGGAGUCCCAGUCAGGGCCGAAAAGGGCUAGAAUGAACUUUCAUCCCGUCUUAAGUUUUUCAAAAGAGGACAAGAUCAGAACCAUCCAGCCCCACGACGAUGUGCUGUUGAUCACUCUCAGAAUUGGGGACUACGAUGUGAAAAAAGUGAUGGUGGAUGGCGGCAGUGCGGCCGAGGUUAUGUACCCCGACCUCUACAAGGGGCUGGGGUUAAAACCAGAAGAUUUGAUGCCCUAUAACUCUCCUCUGAUGAGCUUCGACAGGAAGCUUAUCGUUCCAAAGGGCAUGAUUAGGCUGCCCAUACAGACCGGCCCAGAGAUAGUGGAAGUGAACUUUAUCGUGGUGGACACUUACUCUCCCUAUACAACCAUCGUAGGUAGGCCCUGA